AUGGACACCGCCUCUUCUUUGAUCAGUGAAGAGCAUGACAGGAUCUACGGGAAAUGGUUCUCAUUUGUCGACUCAGACAGAGAUGGCCGCAUCACAGAGACCGAUGCCAUAUGCUUUUUUGCCAUGUCUAAUUUACCUCGACGUGUUCUGAAGCAGAUAUGGGCAACUGCAGACUCUAAAAGGAAAGGUUAUCUGGGCUUCAAGGAGUUUGCGACAGCAAUGAAGCUUGUGGCACUAGCACAAGCAGGGAAUGAGAUCACACAAGAUUCACUUGCUCAUGCUGAUUUACAGAAAUUAAAUCCUCCAAUGAUGGGAGGAUUAGAUACCUUACUCAAUAUAAAUAAGCAUUCAACAAAGGUAAUUGAUGGUUUGAAGAGAUUAUACAGCCAAAAAUUGGAGCUUUUGGAAAUUACUUAUCAGUUCAAUGAGUUUGCUUCUCCCCUGUUGACAAACAGUGAUUUUGAUGCUAAGCCCAUGGUUAUGCUCCUAGGCCAAUAUUCUACUGGAAAAACAACAUUCAUAAAGCAUUUACUAAAGUGUGACUACCCAGGUGCUUGUAUUGGACUUGAGCCUACUACUGAUAAGUUUAUUGUUGUGACGUCAGGACCUAAUGAAAGGACCAUUUUUGGGAAUACAAUAGCUCUUCAAACAGAUAUGCCUUUCACUGGCCUCACAAAAUUUGGAACUGAAUUUUUAUCAAAGUUUGAGUGCUCACAAAUGCCACAUUCGCUGCUGGAACGCAUCACAUUUGUCGACACUCCUGGGGUUCUUUCUGGAGAAAAACAACGAAUUCAACGUAGUUAUGAUUUUACUGGUGUUACUUCGUGGUUUGCAGCAAAAUGUGACCUCAUCAUUCUUCUGUUUGAUCCUCAUAAGAUUGACAUAAGUGAUGAGUUCAACAAUGUCAUUAGAUCUCUGCAUGGUCAUGAGGACAAGAUACGUGUGGUUUUAAACAAGGCAGACCAAGUUGACACAGAACAACUUAUUAGAGUUAAUCGUGCAUUGAUAUGGUCACUUGCAAAGGUUCUUCCGAAUAGACCUGAGGUGAUGCGCAUUUAUAAUGGUUCAUUCAAUGACAAACCAACAAAUAAUGUGGUUGUUGAUCCAAUCUUGAAGAAGGUGUUUGAAAGGGAUCAAAAUGACCUUCUUUCUGAUUUGAGAGAUAUUCCGAACAAUGUUUGUGAUCUCAAGAUCCGUGCAUUUGUUAGGAGGGCAAAAGCAGCAAAAGUUCAUGCUUAUAUUAUUAGUCAUCUAAAGAAUAAGAUGCCUAUAAUAUUGGGCAAGGCGACGGCUCAACGACGACUCAUUGAUAAUCUAGAGAAUGAGUUUGCAGAGGUUCAAAGGAAAUAUAAUCUUCCACUUGGGGAUUUUCCUGAUGUCCAACGCUUCAAAGAGGCUUUAAGUUGCCACAACAUCGAUGAGUUUAAGAAGCUGAAGCCUAAAUUGAUACGGGCUGUUGAUGUUAUGCUAACAUGUGACAUCCCACAACUAUUAAGAACAUUCGGAAACUCAUAUGAGUCGUAA